AUGUCCAGCGAAGUCCUCCUGCAGAGCCAAAAAGGACCAGGACGCUCAGUGCAAGGUUCUGUCCUGCCUGCCCAGUGCCUCACGGGCUCCAAGCUCCUCUGCUGUGUGGCCCUCUGUCUCCUGGGAGCAGGUCAUAUGGACAGUGGAGUUGCCCAGAUACCAAAACAUAUGGUGACCAUGAUGGGGUAUGUGGUCACAGCGAAAGGACAGAGCAUGACCCUGAGAUGUUGCUAUGAGAAGGGACACCAGACUGUGUACUGGUACAAGAAGGCCCUGGGCCAGGGCCCCCAGUUCCUGGUUAGCUAUUAUGAUGGAGCAGAGCAAGAAAAAGGAGCCAUCCCUGAAGGAUUCAAAGUUACACAAUUCAGGAACUUCACCUCUGAGCUGACCGUGAGCUCCGUGAACCAGAUGGACGCAGCCUGGUAUCUCUGUGCCAGCAGCUUGGCACAGCCCUGCAGGAGCCGCAGCCCAGAGCACAAAAACCUCCUGCCAACCCCCAAGUAUGUGGUCACAGUGAGAAGAAAGAGCGUGACCCUGAGAUGUUGCUAUGAGAAUAGACACCAGACUGUGUACUGGUAUAAGCAGGCACCGGGUCAGGGCCCUGAGUUCCUGGUCGAAUAUUAUGGCCAGAAUGAGAAAGACAAAGGAGCCAUCCAUGACCAAUUCAAAGUUGCAAGCUUCACUAACUACAGCUCAGAGAUGACCCUGAGCUCUGAUGGAGCAGCAUGA